AUGAAAGUUGUAUCACUAUUAUACGUGUUGUGUAUAGUCAGACUUUGCACUUGUGGUUGGGUGAAUUCCUUAUGCAACGCCUGCAGUUGUAUUACAAAUAACUGUGAAAAUGGUGAAGAGGGAGUUGAGGAGGCUACAGACGAGUAUCUUUUCAUUGAUUAUACAAAGGAGAAUGGUGAUGGAUCAAAGUUAGAGCUGGAGAAGAGAAAUGCCACUGAAAAGCCAACACUGUGUUCUCCUCAAGAGUACACUCCAGGUGAAGAGGAAGGCAUUACCCUGGAUCUCUCAAAUGUUAAUCAGGAUAAAAUCGACGUGCAUAAACAUUAUGAAGAAUGUGCCGACAAUCACACCUAUUAUCCAAAGGUUUCUUUCUUUACAAUGGUUAGGGAUGGUAACUUUAUCAUCGUGCCUUACAAAAGUUCCCUGUGCUCAAUGGCGCAAGUUUACUCGAAUAAAAAGGCAACUUUGUUGAGCAUAUUUGCACAAGUUGAUAAAGGGUACAAACCAAUGUACUUUGAAAAAAGUGGUGAUAAGUGGGGAGCAAUCACCGGAGAGGAGUUUUACGAAAAAUCCGAUAUCAUGAAUGUCCAAGAUAUGGAGGAGUGCAAAAAUACAGAUUCUUUGAAUCAGAAUGAGAAACUGAUGAGCGGUUAUCUCAGAGGGUGA